AUGUCUGACCAUGAAGAUAAUCUAGAUCCUAGUCAACAAAAAGAAGAUGAUAUUAGCCUUGAAGAUAAGAAUUCUAUUGAAAUAUUACCAGUUGAUAAUGACGAAUCUUCAAUAGUCGAGAAUAAAAAUCAAGAAGAGCAAGUUAUUGAUAAACUAGAAAAUGAUAAAUCUAAACAAGACGAUAUUUCCUCAUCUUCUAAUCAACAAGAACUGGUACCUAGUAACAAUUCAAUAAACCAUGUUAAUGAACAAACUCAACAACAACAACAACAACAACAAGAUCAAUAUGAAGAUGAUAAUGAUAAUCAUACUAAUAUGACACAAUCAAUAAAUGAACAAUCUAAAAAGAUGAUAGAUCCUGAAUUCUUUUAUAAUUAUACUGAUUAUAUUGUACAACCAAUGAUCUCUGAAAAUUCUGGUAUACCAAUAAAUCUUUUAAAAGUUUCACAUUUAUUCGGUAUGGAUGUAACACGUAGAGAGAAUAUACAAUUACUGCAUUAUAAUAAUAAUAAUCUAUUAUGUCAUAUAUAUGGUAAUUAUUUACAAAUAAUUAAUAUGGAUACAAAUGAUAUCAUAAUGAUACGUUCAAUGAAUGGAAUUGGUAUUGGUACAUUUUGUAUACAAUCACAAUAUAAGUAUAUAGCAUUAGCUGAAAAAGGUAUUCUACCAAAUGUAUGCAUUUAUCAAUAUCCUGAUAUAAAAUUAUAUCGUAUAUUAAAAGAAGGUACUCAAACUGCAUAUACUGCAUGUCAGUUUAGUCCAGAUGGUGAAUUAUUAGCUACAGUUGGCUCGGAUCCUGAUUAUACAUUAACAUUAUGGGAAUGGAGAAAUGAACAAAUUGUAUUAAGAUCUAAAGCAUUUUCACAAGAUAUAUAUCAUAUUGCAUGGUCAAAUGAUUUAUAUGGUCUAUUAACUACAGUUGGUAUUGGACAUAUAAAAUUUUGGAAAAUGGCCAAUACAUUUACUGGUUUAAAACUUCAAGGGAAAUUAGGCAAAUUUGGUAAAAUUGAAUUAUCCGAUAUUGAAGGAUUUGUAAUAUUACCUGAUGGUAAAGUAUUAACUGGUUCAAUAUGGGGUAAUUUACUUCUAUGGGAAGAUGAUUUAAUUAAAUUACAAAUAACACGUAAAAAUAAACGAUCAUGUCAUAAUGGGAAUAUAAUGCAAAUUAUUAUAGAUGAAGGUGAAUUAAUGACAAUUGGUCAAGAUGGUUGGAUACGAACAUGGGAUUUUGAAACUGUGGAUACAGCGGAAUCUUCAGAAGAAGGUGGAUUCUAUGAACUAGAACCAAUGAAUGAAUUACGUGUUGGAAUAAAAGCUAAUUUAAUGCAUAUUGUAAAAAUUCCAUUACCUGAUUCUACAAUGUGGUAUGCUCAAGAUACCGAUGGAGCUAUAUGGAAAUUAGAUUUAUCCUUUUCACAUACAUCAUUAGCACCAGAAUGUUUAGAAGAGUUCCAUGCUAAUGAUAUUGUUGAUUGUGUAACAUCACCGUCCACUUAUUGUGCAGCUACAGUUGGUCUUGAUGGUAAAGUAUGCAUUUAUGAUAUUGUUCAAAAGAAAAUUCUUGUUUCAAGACGAUUUCCAUCAGGUGGUUCAUCAUUAAUUUGGAGUCCACCACAAGUUGAUCCAAAAGGGAAAAUUUUAAUUGUUGGCCAUCAAGAUGGUGUAUUACGUUUAAUCAAAUUUGGUGAAAAUUCAGAAGAAUUAAUAAAACGUACAAAACAACAAUAUGCUUUAUUAGAUCUUGGACAAGUACUUAAACCGCAUACAUUAGCAAUUACAUCAAUGAUUUAUAGUCCAUCAGGGAAAUUAUUUAUAACUGGAAGUAAAGAUGAAACUGUUUUCUUUUUUAAUGUACAUACUACUCAUUUAUCACCUAUUGGUUUUAUUCAUGUUUAUGGAAAAGUCGUAAGAUUAGAAUGGUUCUCUAUGAAUAAUAAAGAAAUGAAUGAAAUUAUUGUUUAUUUAGAAAAUGGUUGUGUAUUAACUGUACAAUGUCCAUCAGAAAAUGAAAAAUAUGAUCAUUCUAAAACAUUUGCAUUAUCUAAUAUUAAAAUAAUUAAAUCCUAUCAAUUCAUGAGUAUUAAAUCACGUUUAGAUCAUGAAGAAUAUACAAUGAAUAAAUUAGCACAAUAUGAAAAAGAAAAACAGAAUAGACAAGAAAUUCGACGUAUGAAUGCAAGAUUACAACCGGAAACUGAUGAAGAUAAACAAAAAUUCGAUACUGCCGAGGAGGUUAUUUAUCAAGGUGUACUGUCUGAAAUUGCUAAUUGGACACCUUCUUAUCCAUCAAAUCCAUCACCAUUACUUUAUGGAUGUUUGGAUAAAAGCGAACCAAAUCAAUUUUGGGUAUCUCUAGAUGAUUUCGAUAAAGGAUAUUUAUAUAAAUGUGAAUUAGGUGGUCCAUUAUUAACUAUUGAUGAUACCAUUGAAAAACUACGUAAAACAAAUAAACAAACAGAAGAACAACAUCAAUUAAAUGAUUUAGUUACCAAGGUAACAAAUUUAGAACAAUCCCAAGAUGAUAAUACAAUAAUCAAUAAUGAGAAAAUCGAUAAUCUAGAAAUAAUUGAUCCAAAUCAUAUUACAUUAUUAGAUCGAAUUUAUGCAACUGAACCAAAUAAUGCAAUUUGUAUAUUAAAUAAAAAAGAUACAUCUAUUACAUUUUGGACAUUUUGUAAUUCUGGUUAUCGUUUAUUGAUUGGUUUUAAUGAUGGUACAAUAUGUAUACAAUUAUUAGAUAAACCAUUUGAUUUAACAAAAUUUAAAGGAUAUUGGAUGUAUCGUUUACAUGAUAAUGAACGUGGACGUGUCAAUCGUAUAGCGCUUACAUAUGAUGAAAAAUUUGUUUUAAGCGCUGGAAGUGAUGGAACACUUUUUGUCUGUGAACUUAUGACAGAAGAAAUGCAAGAUAAAGAAAUUAAAGAGUAUCGUGCACGAAUUCCAUCUACAUUUGAUACUAGUGUAAAAGUAGAUGACAUCAUUGAUCCAAAAGCUUAUAGUAUUGAAGAAACUAAGCAAAAAUCAGAACAUGAUCGUCUUGUAGAAUUAGCAGAAAGAAAGAAAGCGGAAACCAGACAAAAAGUAACAGAAUUGAAAGAUCGUUUAAGAAAAUUAAAAGAACAAAACAAUCGCCUACCAGAAAGAAUUCGUCUAUCAACGGAGGCGUUCAAUUUAGUUCCACAAAUUCGAUAUGACCUACUCAAAGAUCGUGAAACUGAAAUUGAUUUGGUCUAUAGAGAAACAGCUUGGGAAACUGAGAAAAAUAGGUUGGCAUUAGAAAAAUUAGAGAAUGUAUUCAUAAAGCCGUUAGAUUGUGAUCGUAUAACUGUCAAAGCAUUUUGUAGUGGUCACUGUGUAACUUCAAUACGUAUGAAUAAAUUAAGUGAAGAACACAUGAAAGUCUAUGAUGAGAUAAUUAGUAUUCGAGAAAAAUCAUUGAGCAAAGAAAAAGAAGACACAGUAAAGCAUUCUACACAAUUAGAUGUAACUAGUACAUUGGAACAUGAAUCUGAAAAGAUUAAAAAUGUUACUAAUCAAGUUAAUACAUCAAUAAAAGGAGCACGGGGUUUAAGAAUUGCACAAAAGUUACACUUACUUGAGGAAUCUAGACGAAAACGAGAUGCUCGUCGAGCUCAGUGGAAACAAUUAGAAGCUAUGAAACCAGCUGAUGAUUAUGAAGAUCCAAGAGAUAUGAAAGAAAUUCAAUUGGCUAAAGAAACAAUAGGUGAUUAUAAAUUGAAAUCAGCAACUAAUUAUGUAAUACCUGAAAGUAUGAAAUUGAAUACAUUUGAAGUGAAACAUAAACUUCUUAAUCUUGUGGAUCAUGUGUAUCAAUUAAGUCAUGAAUUCAAUGUAUCAUUAAUUGGAUUACGUAAUAAAAAAAUGAAAAUUAUAGAAAAUUUGAAAAAAAUUGAUAAACAAUUAAAAUAUAUUAAUUGUAAUUUACCAUUGAAUGAAUAUGGUAUACGUUUACAUAUUGAUGAACUUGAUGAAGAUGAAUAUCCUGAAAGAAAAUUCAUAUACAACAAUGAGAUUCUAUUGAAUUUUAAAGAGAAUUUAGAAACGAAUAAACAAACAGAACAAACUAAUGUCACCAUAGCAACAACAAUGAAGAAGCCAUCAAAUAAAAUACUUUCAUUUACUGAAUGUAUUCCACCUGAAGAACGUUGUCAUUGGAAAGAACCAGAAAUUAUCAAAGAAUUCCGUAAUCUCAAUAUGAUUGAUUGUAAUGAUGAAACAGAUACUAUAGAUGUUAUUUGGUUUCCAUUACAUUGUUUAGCAUCAGAUCAUUAUAAUCUAACUAGAUUAAAUAAUUCAAAUCAAAAGUAUUCUUUAUUAAAACCAUCAUUACAUAAUGUAUUUGAUGAAAUGUCAAUCAAUAAUCCAUUAUAUAAUAAUGAAACAAUAGAAGAACAAUCACAGCAACAAGAAAAUCAAACAAAAGAUACCGAUGAUACAAUAAAAAUAUCAAUAUAUCAUCCAAUAAGACCAGAUAAAAUGAAUUCCUACAUGAUGAAUGAGAAUCAAACGGAAGAUAUAAAUUUAAAUGAAAUCAAUCAAAGUAGUACAAUGUUACGAUCAUUAGAAAUGGAAUAUAAAGAACAAAAAUGUAUUAAAGCAAUUUAUUAUCGUAAUCAUUUAUUACAAUUAGCUAGUCGACUAGUUCGUUGUUUUGAUAGAGAAAUUCAUUCAUUCCGUCAUCAACGUUAUCAAUUAGGUGUAUUAUUAAAACGUUCUGAAUUAUAUCAAUGUACAUUAUAUAAUGAAUAUUGUUUAUUAAAAGAAUUUGAUAAAUCUGAAUAUGUUUUAAUGGAAAAAAUGAAAAAUAGAUUAGAAGAAAAACAAGAUAUUACUAAUAAGGUAAAUGAAUUAACUUUGAAACUUGAACAAAAAAAGAAAGAUCUAGAACGUCUUUCUCAACGUGAACAUCAAAUUCAUGAAGAAUUUAAAACAAGUUUAGAUGAUUCACAUAAAUUUAUAGAAUUUCUUACAAAAGUAUUUAAAAAACGUAUUAAACGAAAGAAGCAAGAAUUAAUUCAUUCAGGUUCUGAAGAUGAAUCAGAAGAAUCUUCUUCAUCAUCAUCAUCUGAUGAUGAUUCCAGUUACGAAGAAAUAGAUGAUGAAAAUGAAGAUGUUGUUAUUAUGGAUUUAGAUACAUGUCCACCAGGUUGUCCAAUGGAAGAUUUUGAACGUACUUGUUUAAUUAGAGAGAAACGUCUAGAUGUUGAAGAAGAAAUGAGUGAAGAAAAGAAAACAUUAGAUAUAUUACGUAAAGAUUUAGAUAUAUUUACUAAAAAACAACGUGUUGUUGAAACAACAUUAAAACAAGCUCAAAAUGAAUUGGAAGCAUUUCAGUUAGAAAAACAACGUAAAUUGAAUGAAUUAGAAAUUGUUGUUAUAUUACGAUUAGAUCAAAUAGCUCAACAUUCUAUUCCAUCGGAUAUGACAAAUAGUUUAAUAUUUUUAAAGCAGAAUUUAUAUUCAUUACAAAAACGUAUUCAUGAAUUAGAAUUAGAGCAGAAACAACAAAGAAUUGAAAGAAAACAAGCCAGAACACAUCAUAUUAUGUUACAGAAAUAUAAAAAAUUAUUUCAGAAAGAAAUAGAGAAAUUAUCAGCUUUAUGUGAUAAAGAAAUGAAUGAUAAAUUUGGUAGAAUAGAUGAUAUUGAAAAAAUGGAAAAUGUUAUAGUAAAUCCUAAACUAGAAGAUUUAACAACAAAAAUGUUGGCACUACAAGAGGAAUUCACAAAAGAAGAAGCAAAUAUAGAGGCUAAAAUACGUGAUGCAAGAGAUUCAUGUAUGGGACAAAUACGUCAAAAUACGGUUUAUUUAACAAAACUAUUAACACUUUUCAAUGAAAAUCAACAAUUACAAAAUGAUUUGAAUCAAGCAAAUGGUGCAAAAAUUGGAACGAUUCAAAGUUCAUUAGGAAUUGUUGAUUCGAAACAAUUAAAACAACUUUCACAAUUAGUUAAAUUACAAAAUGAUGAGAUUAAUAGUUUAACACAAGAAAUUCAAAAACUUUCACGAUAAAAAUACUUUUUUUCAUUUAAAGUGGCCUAGGUUCGACUCUUUGUACGGAAGAGCUGACGAACUGACUAUGACGUUUUCUUCUUCUUCUU